AUGUCUUCCAAUUCAACUUUGAACAAUUCUGUGCUAUCCACAGCCAGAGUUUCAAUUGAUGAAGGUGAUAAUCUAAAUGACGAUCUAGCCGUUGAGUCUGAAGUUAGUUCAUUCGUAUCACAACCGGGCCCCAAUUCAAAUCCUAAUACUCAUAGACGGUCUGAAUCAGCGAUAUCUUUUCGAAAUAGUAUUGAUGUUGAAAGUAGUUUCCUGUCUGUUCUUCAAUUCAAUCCCGAUGAAAGCUUUAAUGUGAAUGAUGAAUUAUCACCGCUAGGACCAAAUUCUAUCUAUGCAUUAACGGUUGGUUCAGAUAACGCCAGAGCUAAACGAAAUAGGGCGCCUAAGAGUUCAGUCACUAUAAAUGGUGGAUUGACUACCAUCAAUAACUUGAAAUACCCUACUUAUAAAGAUAUACCACAAAUACAGUUACAUAAACUUAAGCAUAAGAUCAAAAAUGAACAGAUAACAUCGAAAUAUGUCAAAAACUCCCUUCAGGAAUACAAAAGCUUUGAACUGAGCUAUAAUAAUCUAACUGAAGAUAGUCUACAACAAUUCAGUCAAAAGAAAGGGUUCAAAGAUGAUGAUCAAUUAUCUACCAGUUCUUCAAUAGAUCAAUUUCAAUAUAAGGAAAGUGACGAUAUCAAUGCCAUUCCUAGUGUAUUUUUAGAUCAAAACUUCAGACUAGAUGAUCCUAGAAUAUUUAAACAGGUCAUGGAAGAUUCCACUAUUCUAUAUGAUAAUGAACUUGUUAACAAUAAUGCCCUUCAGGAAAAGUUUCUGCAUUAUUUAGAUAUAGUUGAAGUAAACUUGAUUAAAGAAAUUUCAAAAACUUCUGAUUCAUUUUUCAGUACGAUUGGCGAUAUUCAAAUCAUGAAAGAAGAGUCAGAUGAAUGUGUUGAACAAUUUAAGUUAAUCAAAAGUAAACUAGAUAAACUAGGCGAAGAGCACGCCCAUUUAGGAAACAAAAUAUUAGAAAAGCUAGCUGAACAAAGGAAUGUGGAAUAUUUGGAAUCUUCAAUUAUACAAUUAAAAUAUAUCAUUUCAAUAUUCGAAUUAGCUAAUAAGUCUUACAAUAAUGCAAAAUAUAACAAAUGUUUGACAGAAAUAGUGGUAGUCGAAAAUCUUAUUCGUGGUGUUAGCUAUGAUCAGUUAACUGAUGAAGAAGUAGGCUCGUUUUAUCCAAAGUUCGAUUAUCCACUCGUAAAUCUUUCAAACUUACCUGCUUUGGUAUACUUGCAAAAUGAUUUACAAAAUUUGAAAGAAGAAUGCUCGAAGGGUUAUAUUAAUGACUUUAUCCAGAUUUUGUUAGGAGAUUUGAGAGAUCAUUAUAAUUCAGUUUCAACAGGAGACACACUAAACAGAAUUUACAACUCCAUAGACAAGCAAAAAAAGUACCAAUCCCGUACAGUCAAUACUUCAUACCUGACAGUCAAGGAUGAGAAAAAGACAAAGUUAAUAGAUUAUGUAAAGAACCUUGGAAAGGCAGGUAAAUUGACUCAAGCUUACUCCCUUUACCAAGAAAAGAUAAUCACAGAGAUCAAAGAUAUCAUAAAAAAUAACUUACCUAAUGCUUCCAAUCAAAAUGGAAAUUAUUUGUCGGUCGAUUUAUCUAAUGCACCUUCACGUUCAUCUUCUGACCCUCCAGAAUCUGCUAAUAGUUCACAAGCCCAGCCAGUAUCAAAUACCUUAUCAUCAAACAUCAAGUCAUUGACUCCAAGGGAGUUUGAGACCAUGUUCAUAAAAAUCUAUUGUAAUUUAUCAGAGUGCUUACGUCGACUUACAGCCCAUCAAAAAUUGUUGUUGGAUAUUGCUUUGACCAAUGUAUCUCCUGAUGUUACUAGAAAUAUCGAUAUCAUGGCUCUUGAUAUUUCAAUGGCCAUUAAUAGAGCUAUUGAAUUAACUCAAAUAAGACUAACUAAAGUUAUAAAUGUUAGACUGGAACAGACUGCUGAUAUUCCAGUGCCAUAUUAUUUGAGAUUGUACUCAAUAUCAUCUGCUUACUUGCAAGAAUGUGAAUUAAUAAGUCCUGGAUAUGUCGCCCCUGGUGGUGGAAAUUCGUUAAGUGAUUGGUUCAAGCAUCACAUUUUAUACUUCGUUCACAGGUUUCAUCUGAAUUCUCUUAAAAAACUUAUCUCAGAUUGUGAUAGGGAAACAUGGAAAGAAAUUGUGCAGUCGGAUAUUCUUGAGAAGUACCAAUCAAUCCUUGAUGAAAUUACAGGUUAUGCCACAUUCCUUUCAUCUGCUGGAGCAGAAGGUUUCUCUGGAAGCAAAUGGAUGGAUCUUUUUGAUUUCUAUGAUUAUGGGAAAAUCGAGUCACCUCAUAAGGGUUCUGUUAGUGGUGACCGUACAAGGUUAGCAACAGGCAAGGAAAGCUUUAUGAUACCUAAUUUGACCUUAGUCGCAUUGGAAGCCAUUAGAGAUUAUUUGAUUAUAUCCAAAGCUUUUCCCAACACUACAUCAAUUAUUGAGACUAAUAUUUUGAACUAUUUUAAGUUAAUGAAUUCAAAAACAUCGCAAGCAGUUUUAAAUGCAGGGGCUACAAGAACAGCUGGAUUGAAACAUAUAACGACAAAACAUUUGGCGUUGUGUAUCCAAGUAGUUGAAUUUAAUAUUGCUUUAUUGCCAAAUGUUCAACUUGUCUUUGCGAAGAAGGAAACCUCUCCUGUGCAAAGGGAUCCAAAUCAAUCUGACGAGCUUACCUUCUACCGAAUCAUAAGUAAUUACAAGGAUCAUGAGAAUGAAAUCUUUUCCAAACUUGUAUCUAUUAUGCACGAUAGAACCCUUAGUCAUUGUAAUGCAAUUAUUGGAAUUGAUUGGUCUCAACCGCUCACUCACCCAAGACAGUGUCAUCAAUAUAUGGAAACUUUGGUGAAAGAUACAACUACUGUUGCAAAAGUUCUUUCUAGAUACUUAGCUGAAAUUAAGUGCUCUUUGAUUCUUCUGCAAAUUUUCGACAAUUAUAAGAGGUUAUUAGUUGAAUGUUAUUGUACUAAAUUAAAGCAAUUUAAAGAUUUCAAUGAGAAGCAAAUGGUUUUAAAGGAUAUUGAUUUCUUCAGAGUUAAACUUUGUGAACUUCCAGGAUAUGGUAAUUCCGGACAAGUCAUUUGGGAGAAUGUUAAUUCAUUGCCAACAGAGGAAGACACCAAAAUGGCAGAGAUUAUGAGAAAAAAUAUCGAAGGAGAAAUUAAAUCCAACGUUGAGAGUGCUGGUAAUUCGAAGAAGAAUUCAUUAGAUAUC